AUGGCCCACGUCGUAGAUAGCCGCCCGCGCUUCAACUCGUAUCCGACCCCGAUCUCAACCAACUACCCGCCCUCGAGCUCCAAGGCCCAUUACACCUAUGCGGCUGCUACUCCCACGACUACUCCUACCAAGUCCCACCCGUCCUCGUCCUACCACUACCGCCAGGCGUCUAAUCAUCCACACCCGCCUGCCCUCUGCGCCUGCGAGCCAGUCUUCGUCUUCCCGACCGGCUCCCCGCACAUCGUCUUCGAUUCCGAACCCACGCAGCGCAUCCUCGUCGGUCCCUCCCCCGACCCACCGCUCCAACACCCUGCCGACCUCCUCCGAGCCAUACUCCCACUCGCGCAAGAACUCGACCUCCCGCACCCAGCUCCCCACUGCCGAUGCCUACCGCGCAGCCAAGCGCGAAGACGAGCGCUAUGCUUCAGCUCGGGUUCAGCAGCAGCAACAAUAUGCCGAUGCUCAGGCCCGCCAGGCUCGGUUGAUUGCGGAGAGGGAUGCGACACUCAAGCGCAUGGAGGAGCGCCAGCGCAAGGCCCAGGCACAGUCCUGGUUCGAAGAGACCCAGCGAUUGGCCGCGAGGCUGCCCGCAAGCAGGAAGAGGAGCAGCGCAAGUACGACGAGAACCGCCGCCGUACAGACGACAAGCUGCGACAGGCUGCACAGGCCCAGGCCGAGAGGGAGCGCGAGAAGCAUGCCCGCAGCCAAGAGCGUGGUCACGAGCGAGGUCGCUCUCAGACUCACAACCCCGCCGCUCCCUCGGGCGACAAGAAAUGGUACAACUUUUUCCGUGACAAGAGCCGUGACGGCCGCCGCAAGGAUGACCGUGGUUCCGAUCGUGAACAGCGUCCCGAGCGUGAGCGUGCAAAGAGCGAAGGCCGUGCCCGCGAGGCCGUUGAGGCUCGUGAACGGGUCGACAAGGACCGAGCCCGCAAUGCCAACUCCCCUUCUUCCAUAGCCGUCGCUUGGUCCACCUAUGAAAAGGCCUGCGCCGCCCUCAUGGACUCCAAGCCCAAGGGCAAGAAUCUCACAUUCUACGAUAUCCCCUGGCCCGUCCUUGGCCAGGCCAAUUCUUUCCAUGACCUCACCAAUGCGAACAUUGCUGCCUUUUUGCUCUCGCCCCACCAUUCUCGGGACAAGAGCCCAAAGGUUCGCCUCCGUGCUGCUAUUCUCAUUUGGCACCCCGACAAAUUCGCCCAAAAGGUCCUUCCCCAUGUGGCCGAAUCCCAUCGCCCUGCGGUCCUGGCUGCCGUCAACGUCGUUGCCCGCAUAGUCACCGAGCUCAUCUCUGCAAACUAG